UUUUUUUUUAUCCCUUCUUUCCUUUCCACUUUCUUUAUUCAACCUCUCUCUCUCUCUCUCUCUCUCUCUCUGUAUAUUUCUCUUUUGUGACGCUCGACGAAAAGGCCUGUUUGAAUCAGGUAUUGCGAAUUCAUUUCGAAACAUGAACGAUUCACAGAAAUCUCUCUCUUUUCUUUUUUUAUCUUUCCGGCCAUUCAUUGCGAACUAGAAUAAACGAGACUAAAGAGCCAGCUACGCAUAUACGCGGUCAUUUUAGAUAUUGUCCGAAAUAGUAAAACACAAAUAAUCGUCUAUGAAUCCCAGACAGUGCUCCAUAAUACUUGUGGAUGGCUGCACCACACAUCAAGACGCUACGAUAUCGACGCUGAAUCAACUCCAUGGCGAUGUGGAGAUCGUGUCGACGGGAUACGAUGCAUUGACUGCGUUGCACAGUCGUCAGAAGAAAGGACAAUUCAAGAAGCCAACCUUGCUGCUCAUUGACGUUGAAAAUAUAGACCGGAAUAUUAACGUCAGCUCGAAGGCCAAAGAAUGUCUUGGGUUGAUAAAGACCGUCACCAACGAGUUGAAGCAAGGCAGUCUGCAUGACGCAAUUCCCAUAGUGUGCUCCUGCAGCGAAGAUCCCGAGUUUAUGCUCGAGUGUCUACGUAAUGGUGCAGCAGACUACAUCGUCAAACCGUUAGAAUCGCAAGUCAUUAAAACCUUGUUUUUGAAUGUCUAUCGGUAUCGGAUCAGCAGUGCUCGAACAGGAACUGUCCCGCCAUCCAUGACUGUUACGUCUCCGCCAGCACAGGACCCGGGAAAGGUCUGGCCCUUUUUCCAAGAUCGACUGAAAAGUGUUUUCAUGAACGAGAAUUGGCUUCAAAACACGAUAUACAACUACUACGCACCAGAGCCUUCGGUUCGACGGUCAUCCAUGUCAUCCAUGUCAAGUGAGAAAACCAUGUACCUACGAUCACGCAUCUGCAGCUGGGACUUCUUGCCACUCGACGUCGAGGAGAAGGACUUGGUGAAAAGCGUAUGUCUUAUCCUGCAACAAGUUUUAGACCAUCCCGAUCUAGCCGACUUUCGUGUUUCCGACGAUGAUAUGUACGCUUUCGUAUUUGACAUCUGCAACUCGUACCACAACAACAACCCUUACCACAACUUUCGCCAUGCUGUCGACGUCAUGCAGUCCACCUAUUAUUUCUUGUGCAAGAUGGGCGUGUUGAUGCCAAUGGACAACCAAGCCUAUGCUGCGUUUUCAAUGACCCGUGGAGGCGCUGGAUAUACGCCCACAUCCGAACGGAAGCGUUCCUCAUCAGCAGCAGCAGCAGCAGCGGCAUCGGCGGCGACGGCAGAAGGAACAGCACAUCAUUAUAAUAAUUCUUCGCUUUCACCAUCUGACUCUGCCGCUGCUGCUUCCGCCGCAAGCAGUGGUAGUAGCAGGAAAGCGAGUAGUAACCAUGAGGUCGCGGUGGCGGACAAACUUCUUAUGCAGGAUCUCCUGAAGCCCAUGGACAUACUUGCACUCCUCAUGGCUAGCUUAGGUCACGAUGUCGGUCAUCCGGGUGUCACCAAUAUGUUUAUGGUUCAAUCGGGCACGCCUUUGGCAGUUUUGUACAAUGACCGAUCGGUCCUGGAAAGUUAUCAUUCGAUGGCAUUUUUCCACUUGUUGGGCCAGAGUUGUUUCCGCAAACUGAUCGACGUCAAGCAAAAUCCCGGGUCCCAACACUUCCGCAAGUUCGUUGUCCAGAGCAUUCUUGCCACAGACAUGAGCAUGCACGACGACUAUGUUCAGCGGAUAGAGCAUCAAGCGGACCGUCUGCGCAACCAUGGCAUUGAUUUAGACAAUGAAAGCGCCGUGGAGCAGGAACGGUUAACUGUGUGCGGCGCACUGAUCAAAUGUGCGGAUAUCGGCAACUGUGCACGGCCGUUUCCGCUAGCCAAAAAGUGGGCUGAGAUUUUGACAGAGGAGUUUGCGCGACAAGGAGAUCUUGAAAAAGAACUAGGGCUGCAAGUUUUGCCGAUCAAUGAGCGCGGCAAGGUUUCGCUUGAGGAGUUCCAGCUGACGUUUGAAAGAAAAAUUGCAUUGAAGCUCUAUAAUGCCGUUGCACGCGUGCUUCCAGGCAUGAAGUUUUGUUUAGACUUUAUCAAUGAAAAUAUAGACACUUGGGAGAAUAACCAGGCUCUUGAUUCUGGCGUUGGACGAUCCGAACCAAAUACGGACGUCGACGACGAUGAAGAGGAAGAAGAAGACCAUGGCGAACAGAAAACAAUAGAAGACAACAACGACGACACCACUCCAGCUGCAAAGCAGGACAUCAAAAUCGCACCGUAUCACAUAGCAUCGACUCCUUUAACAAAAAACGCUUGUGCGUAUAAUACACAUGCAUCGCUGGAUGAUGACGAUCCUCGUGUCGUAGACUAUCAUCAUCCACUAGCAACAAAUGCAACAACACCGUCAACAAUGACCAGCAAUCGACGUAAAGGAGCAGCAGCAGCAGCCCUUUGCCAUUGUUCCAUCCAGUGAAAACUGCGUGUUUACUCUUAUAUACCUUAUCUGCCGCCACUAGCACUACUCUGUAUACAUAUCUACCCCUUCCCUUCCUCACCGACUACAGCAUUUCUUUACUAUAGACUCUUUUCUUGUAUAAGCAUUUUGGGCCAGGUAAGCAACACCUUUCAAAGAUAUGCGUGGCAUGUCAAGUGAAAAUCCCUUACUAAAUGAUGUAUUUUCUACUAGAUGCUCCCUUUCCAUAUCAUACCCUCUCUAAUUUUUUCUGUACAUUAUCCAUUCCUCUCUUUUUGUUAUUUAUACAUUUUUUUAUGCCACAGAAUUUUGUUUGUUACUAACUUACAUAUUGAAUUUGUCUGAGUUUCAGUCAGGCCACAAUGCACAAAAAGAAAGAUUUUUGAGAAACUAGAAAACCUUUCUUUCUG